AUGCCUGGCUGUUCACUCGUCACGGGAUAUUCUGGAGGAAGUCUUCUUGUUGAUUCUGGGAAACUUUGGUUCCGUGACUCUGCUAAAUAUAUGGUUAAAUUACCUGAGUGGAGUAUGAUAAUACAUGAUAUGAAACAUGAUAAAUGGAUUAAAGAAGGACGAUUCACACUGUUUCAAAAUAAUGAGGGAAACCUCAUGAUCUACAUCAGAGAACUGAACACACAAGAUGCUGGAAGAUACCAGGUUGGGCUUGAUGGCCAAUCGAUCAUUGAUAUAACUUUGAAUGUGGAAGAAGAUGCAUGUUGUAAAGUGUCAAAGAGAGUGAUGGUGAAUAUUGGAGAAACUGCCAAUUUCAGCUGUGAAUAUUCACAGAAUCAUAUUAAUGACUCAAAAAUCAUAUUCAAAGAAGGAACAUACUCUGUUGAAGAGAUGAUACACAUGUACACAUCGAGUAUGAUAGGAAGAUUCAGUGGAUAUGACUGCAGAAACAAAAAACUCAUCAGUGUGAGAAUCACUGCUGUGACACCAGAUGAUGGAGGAGUUUAUUUAUGUGGAGUUUGGAUCUACAGACAAUCAUACAGUUACUCCAUUAUUAACACUGUGCAUCUACAUAUUAUUACUAAAGUGGGCGUGUCUAGAGUGAGCGGCUCCUCAGGAGGUGGUUUGAUGAUCAAGUGUGAACAUCCUCAAUACAAAACCAACCCAAAAUACAUCUGUAAAGAAUCAGACGGAUGUUCAGAGAGGAAGAAUCCAGGAGUUCAGGAUGAAUGGAUGGAGAAUGGAGAUGUUUCUUUAUAUGACGACACCAGAGCAGGAGUCUUGAUGGUGUUUUUUAGAGAGCUGAAAGCUGCAGAUGCAGGAACAUACAGGUGUGGAGUGAAAGUAUCUGACUAUACUGAGAGCUUCACUGAACUUCAGCUGCACCUCAAACACGAUGCAAAAUAUCUACAGAGUGUGUCUGAAUUUGCUCAUCCUGGUGGAGAAGUCAACAUCACCUGUCAGAUCCCAGAGCAACAAGAAGUUCAUUUCUGUAAAGAGGAUGUUAAUCACAUCUGCCAAACCAUCAGCUCAUCUGAAGUGACAGAAAUGAAUCCUUCAUCUGAGAGAAAUGAAGAGAGAGUUGUUAGAGUGAGCAUCAGUAAUGUGAGUGUGAGAGAUGCUGGAGUUUACUGGUGUGGAGCAGAAACCAGAGACACAUAUCUGACUUUCAUCUCCCUGAACACUAAAAUUCAGCUCAACAUCAUCAUGCCUCCAGUAGUGAGACAUGAAGGAGAAUCUGCUGAGAUAAUCUGCCCUUAUGAUUCAAUCUAUAAAUCAAAGCCAAAGUCUCUCUGUAAGGGGAAGUGCUCCACUAGAGACAGAAAUACUCUCAGUGAGACUGUGAGAGAAGAGAAAGAGAGCAAGACUGGCAGAUUGACUCUGAAUGAUAACGUCACUGCACGUGUCUUCACUGGGACCAUCACUGGACUGACAGCAGAGGAUGCUGGGAAAUACUGGUGUGCAGUGACAUUAGAAACAGACCUCAAUUAUCUUUACACUCAUCUGAUCGUCAUCAUGAACGAGGAGCUGAACUUGACUAAGUAUGAAGGAGACAACGUGUCAAUCCAGUGCAAACAUCAUGAUGAAGAUCAGAAGAGCUUCUGCAAAGCACAUGAAGCCUCCAUGUGUGUGAAGGAUGGAGUUUCAUUGGAGACGAUCAGAGAUGAUCGAUUCUCUUUCAGUGAUGAAGCAUCUUCUGGAGUCUUUACUGUGAACAUCACUGAUCUGAGAGAAGAGGAUUCUGGGAUAUACUGGUGUGGAGCUCACGUCAUCACUAAAGUCAUUCUAGAAGUCAACAAAAAUUUCUCCGUGAUCUUCAUUAUUAGUGUGUGUGUGAUUCUGCUGCUGAUCGGUGGAUUCACUCUGACUGUGUACAAAUUAAGAGACAAGAGACGAGGAAGAAUCUCAACAUCAGACAAGAGAAAGAGGAAGAAAAAUACAGUAUCAUCAUGUGCAGACAGCAGACGUGAUUCUCUCUCAGAUCCUGGAUCAGCUCAAAUGAAGAAUCAUGAUGAAUUACCCACAAUCCCCUCUGAUGAGCUCCUGUACGCUGCUGUCAGUUUCCAGAAGCAUGAAGAGUCUCUCAGUGACGCUACGGUCAGAUUCAGUAAGAAGGAGAUUCACUCUGAUUACACCACGAUCAGAUUCACCACAUGA